CACAAGCCCUACGAAUCUAGUCGAAAGAGCGAGUGUGUUCACGCGACCUCAACGAGACUCAACGCUUUUACAGUUAAAUCCGGUAGGUGAGAGAGAGAGAGAGAAGGGAAGCUUAUGGAGGCAGAGAUCGUGAGACGAUCGGAGGUAACGGGAUUAAGAAGGGAGGUGGAAGAAUCGUCAAUUGGUAGAGGAGAUUGCGAUGGUGAUGGCGGCGAUGUGGGAGAAGAUGCGGCAGGGUUCGUUGGGACGAGCGGGAGAGGAAGAAGAGAUCGAGUUAAAGGGCCGUGGUCGAAGGAGGAGGAUGAUGUGUUGAGUGAGCUCGUUAAGAGGUUGGGAGCGAGGAAUUGGAGUUUUAUCGCUCGGAGUAUUCCUGGUCGUUCAGGCAAGUCUUGUCGUCUUCGUUGGUGUAAUCAGCUCAAUCCAAAUCUUAUACGCAAUUCAUUUACUGAGGUAGAGGAUCAGGCUAUCAUCGCAGCACAUGCCAUCCACGGAAACAAAUGGGCUGUUAUCGCGAAGCUCCUCCCCGGAAGAACAGAUAAUGCUAUCAAGAACCACUGGAACUCUGCUUUAAGACGUCGAUUCAUAGACUUUGAAAAGGCCAAGAAUAUAGGAACUGGAAGCUUGGUCGUGGAUGAUUCUGGAUUUGACAGAACGACAACAGUAGCCUCAUCAGAAGAAACUUUAUCUUCAGGCGGUGGUUGCCAUGUAACUACUCCAAUUGUAUCUCCAGAAGGCAAAGAAGCUACCACCUCCAUGGAAAUGUCUGAAGAACAAUGCGUAGAGAAAACAAACGGAGAAGGUAUUUCUAGGCAAGAUGAUAAGGAUCCUCCAACGCUUUUCCGCCCAGUGCCUCGGCUCAGUUCUUUUAAUGCUUGCAAUCACAUGGAAGGAUCACCCUCUCCACAUAUACAAGACCAAAAUCAGCUCCAAUCAUCUAAACAAGACGCAGCAAUGCUAAGAUUGCUUGAAGGAGCUUACAGCGAACGGUUUGUGCCUCAAACAUGUGGAGGUGGUUGUUGCAGCAACAAUCCCGAUGGCAGUUUUCAGCAAGAAUCAUUGUUGGGUCCAGAGUUUGUGGAUUACUUAGACUCACCAACGUUUCCGAGUUCCGAACUAGCUGCUAUAGCAACGGAAAUAGGCAGCCUCGCUUGGCUGAGAAGCGGUUUAGAGAGUAGCAGCGUGAGGGUGAUGGAAGACGCAGUUGGUCGGUUAAGGCCUCAAGGCUCCAGGGGUCAUCGAGAUCAUUAUCUUGUAUCUGAACAGGGGACGAACAUAACCAAUGUCCUGUCCACAUAAAAACUGGGAGAACAAAAACAGAGUCUCUGAGAUUUUUUAUUUUUCUUUCUUUUUUGAGAUUUCUUUACAUUUAUUUUUAUUUACUCUUGAUCUCGGAGAGCUUGAGUUUUACUUGUAAUCAAAGUUGUGAUGUAAUUGAGUAGAGAUAGAUUUUAUAGUUCUGAAAUCGAGUAGAGACCACAGUGUCUUCAACUUUCUUUGUGACUUGUAUGGCGUCUGCAUUAACAUAUCAUAAUGGUUGUUUCACUUUGCAACA